GAUUCUGCACCGCUGAGUUUACCUCCCUACUUUUUUAAAAAUUUUAGUUGCAGAUUCUUUAAGGUGAAGAAAAGUGUAUCACCGCUGAAUAUACUGUCAAGGAGGGCUUUUUAUUAAAUUUUGAAGUGCAAGUUGAAGUCUUUAUGAAAGAGCAAAUCAUCGUCCUUGACCGCAAAUGGUGUCCCUCUUCUUGGACCCUUAAUCCACAAGUACUGCCAGAGCGUGAACCCACAAAUGCCUAUUUAGUCGAAUUUUCUACACGGUCCAUACUGCUGAUAUUCUGAAGCCAGUUUGGGACUAUCAGUAUAGUCUAGAAGGUGGUAUAGGCAAAUUUAGCAAAUUCAGAACAGAAAGCUAAAAAGUGCCAAAAUUUUCUCAUCGUCCAACUGCCUUCCUCAACUUUCUCUUGCCUCAUCUCCAUUUUACGUACUUAGGAUUAAUCAUUUAUUAAGGAAACCUGUCAUUGUGUCCCUUACAAUAACUAAUCUUGAUUUUCCGUAUGAAGGGGACGUGCUGAUUUAACAGCUAAAAGCAGGAAUGGAUGCUAAAGCUGUGGAGGCAUCUUCCCAACCUCCUCCCAUAGUUUCUGAGCAGUAUUCCCAACAUCCUCCGGGAGUUCCUGAACAAGCAACUUCAGACUCUUCUGCCUCACAGACAAAAUCAUUAGGACAAGAAUCCCCACCUCUAUUAUCUGCUUCUGGCAUAACAUCAUGGGCCAGGAAUUUGAAACUUCCCCAGCCCCUAGCAAAUCCGCAAGAGAAUUCUGGUUUCUCAGCACUGUCACGAUUUGCUACUGGAAUAAAAUCACAUUUGCCUUCUGCAACUUCCACUACAAAGGAUGGUGCUCAAACACCAAGUGGUCAGUCGGGUGUUCUGGAGACACUUACUAAAGGUUUUGUUGAUUCAUCCCGGGGUGCUGUGAAGGCUGUCCAGGUCAAGGCACGGCAUAUGGUGUCCCAAAAUAAACGAAGAUACCAGGAAGGAGAAUUUGACUUGGAUCUGACGUAUAUCACUGAGAAUAUAAUUGCUAUGGGAUUUCCUGCUGGGGAUAUAAGCUCUGGAAUUUUCGGGUAUAUAGAGGGAUUUUAUCGUAAUCACAUGGAAGAAGUUAUAAGGUUUUUCGAGACACAUCACCCGGGAAAUUAUAAAGUCUACAAUCUCUGCUCAGAGAGGCUGUAUGAUGCUUCGCUAUUUAAGGGAAAGGUUGCGCAUUUUCCAUUUGAUGACCACAAUUGUCCUCCUAUCCAACUCAUAUUAUCAUUCUGUCAAAGUGCAUGCUCAUGGUUGAAAGAGGAUAUACAGAAUGUUGUGGUAGUUCAUUGUAAAGCUGGCAUGGCAAGGACAGGACUGAUGAUCUGUAGUCUUCUCUUAUACCUCAAAUUCUUCCCAACAGCUGAAGAAGCUAUGUCCUACUACAACGAAAAAAGAUGCGUAGAUGCAAAGGCUCUAGUUCUCCCUAGUCAGAUUCGUUAUGUCAGAUAUUUUGAGAAUAUCCUGAUGAACUUCAAAGGAGAAACUCCGCCAGGACGUAGGUGUAUGCUUAGAGGAUUCAAGCUUCAUAAUUGUCCUUAUUGGAUAAGGCCAUCCAUUACCAUAUCUAAUCAUAACGGUGUUCUUUUUACAACGAAAAAGCAUCCAAAGACGAAGGAUCUGAUGCCAGAAGAUUUCUGGAUCAGAUCUGCAAAAAAAGGAAUUGUAAUAUUUGCCUUGCCUGGAGAGCCUGGUUUGACGGAACUGGCUGGGGACUUCAAACUCUGCUUUCAUGAACGUCAAGGCGACUUCUAUUGUUGGUUGAAUACCACGAUGAUGGAGAACAAGAUUACUCUGAGCUCAUCUGAUCUCGAUGGCUUUGAUAAGCGAAAACUGCCUUCUCCUGGAUUCCAGCUCGAAAUCGUGAUGGUAGACUACAAGGAAUCUCUCCAUGCAAAACCCAAAACCGAGGGGAGAAAACCCGAGAAUUCCUCAGACCAUAACUAUACCUCUGGCAGCAGAGACCCUUCAAACACCAACGCGAAGAAGGCAUCUGGGAACGAAGAAGAUGAUGUUUUCUCGGACAGUGAGGGAGAGGAUGGGUCUCCAAAGAGCAGGCACACUCAAACUACCAAUAAUGGAGACGAACCUAAAGCCACUGGUCCUGCAUCAGAGGAAUUCGCCAAGCAGGAAGUCUCUACUGGGAGCAAGGAAUCUGCUCAGCAGAAUGAUUCAGGGAAGGCUGAUCCUUCCAUAGCCAACAUAUCUAAGCCUGACUCUGGAGGAAACAGCGAGUUCAAGGUUGUCGCGGCUGAUGCUUCAGUUUUCACCUUUGGAGAUGAGGAAGAUUACGAAAGCGAAUGA